AUGAGGCUGCGACUCCUGGUGGCCGCGCUCUGCGCUGGGGUCCUGGCGAAGGCGCCCCGAGUGCGGGCCCAGCCCGGGGAGAGAGUGACCUGCACGCGUCUUUAUGCGGCUGACAUCGUGUUCCUAAUUGACGGCUCCUCAUCCAUCGGCCGCAACAACUUUCGAGAAGUCCGCAGCUUCCUAGAAGGACUGGUUCUGCCUUUCUCUGGGGCAGCCAGUGCACAGGGCGUGCGCUUUGCAGCGGUGCAGUAUAGUGACGACCCACGGACAGAGUUUGGCCUGGAUGCACUUGGUUCAGGGGUUGAUGCAAUCCGUGCCAUCCGUGAACUCACUUACAAGGGAGGCAACACGCGCACUGGAGCUGCAAUUCUCCAUGUGGCUGAUCACAUCUUCCUGCCCCAGCUGGCCCGACCUGGUGUCUCCAAGGUCUGCAUCCUGAUCACAGAUGGGAAGUCCCAGGACCUGGUAGAUACAGCUGCCCAGAGGCUGAAGGGGCAGGGGGUCAAGCUCUUUACUGUGGGGAUCAAGAAUGCUGACCCCGAGGAGCUGAAGCGAAUUGCCUCACAGCCGAUCAGCGACUUCUUCUUCUUUGUCAAUGAUUUUAGCAUCUUAAGGACCCUACUGCCCCUUGUUUCCCGCCGAGUGUGCACAACUGCGGGUGGUGUGCCCGUGACCCUACCCUCUGAUGACAUGAUCUCUGGCCCACGGGACCUGGUGCUGUCUGAGCUGGGCAGUCAAUCCCUACUAGUACAGUGGACAGCAGCCAGUGGUCCUGUGACUGGCUAUAAAGUCCAGUACACUCCUCUGACAGGACUGGGGCAGCCAUUAUCAAACGAGCGGCGGGAGGUGAGCGUUCCAGCUGGUGAGACCAGCAUGCGGCUGCAGGGCCUCCGGCCAAUGACUGAGUACCAGGUGACUGUGGUCGCACUCUAUGCCAACAGCAUCGGGGAGGCUGUGAGCGGGACAGCUCGGACCACUGCCCUGGAGGGGCCAGAGCUGACCAUCCAGAACACCACAAACCACAGCCUCCUGGUGGCCUGGCGGAGUGUGCCAGGUGCCACUGGCUACCGUGUGACAUGGAGGGCCCUUAGUGGUGGGGCUGCAGAGCAGCAGGAGCUAGGCCCUGGGCAGCAGUCAGUGUUGCUGCGUGGCCUGGAGCCUGGCACAGACUAUGAGGUGAUGGUGAGCACACUGCUUGGCCGUAGUGUGGGGCCUGCUACCACCCUGACUGCCCGUACUGACAUCUCUGUUGAGCAGACCCUGCACCCGGUCAUUUUGGGCCCCACAUCCAUUCGUUUGUCCUGGAACCUGGUGCCUGAGGCCCGAGGCUACCGACUGGAGUGGCGGCGUGAGAGCGGCUUAGAGCCACCAAAGAAGGUGGAGCUUCCCUCUGAUGUGACCAACUACCAGUUGGAUGGGCUGCAACCAGGCACUGAGUAUCGCAUCACACUCUACACCCUCCUGGAGGGCCGUGAGGUGGCCACACCUGCAGCUGUUGUCCCCACUGGGCCAGAGCUGCCUGUGGGCCCUGUGAUGGACCUACAAGCAGUUGAGCUGCCUGGGCAGCGAGUGCGAGUGUCCUGGAGCCCAGUCCUCAGUGCCACUGAGUACCGUAUCACUGUGCGCAGCAUCCAGGGGGUUGAGAGGACCCUGGUGCUUCCUGGGAGUCAGACAACCUUUGACUUGGAUGACAUCCAGACAGGGCUUAGCUACACUGUGCGGGUGUCUGCUCGAGUGGGCACUCGUGAAGGUGGUGCCAGCGUCCUUACUGUCCGUCGUGAGCCAGACACCACACUUGCCGUCUCAGGGCUGCGGGUCGUGGCGUCAGAUGCAACACGAGUGAGGGUGGCUUGGAGACCUGUCCCAGGAGCCAGUGGAUUUCGGAUCAGCUGGAGGACAGGCAGUGGUCCGGAAUCAAGCCAGACAUUAUCUCCAGAUGCUACUGUCACAGACAUCACAGGGCUGCAGCCUGGGACCUCCUACCAGGUGGCUGUGUCAGCACUGCGUGGAAGAGAGCAAGGCCCCCCUGUGGUCAUCGUGGCUCAGACUGACCCAUUGGGCCCAGUGAGGACGGUCCACGUGACUCAGUCUGGCAGCUCGUCUGUCACCAUCAACUGGACCAGGGUUCCUGGAGCCACAGGAUACAGAGUCUCCUGGCACUCAGGCCACGGCCCGGAGAAAUCCCAGCUGGUUUCUGGGGAGGCCACAGUGGCUGAGCUGGAUGGGCUGAAACCAGAUACAGAGUACACAGUGCACGUGCGGGCCCACGUAGCUGGUGUGGAUGGCCCCCCUGCCUCUGCGGUUGUUAGGACUGCCCCUGAGCCCGUGGGCAGAGUGUCAAAGCUGCAGAUUCUCAACGCUUCCAGUGAUGUUUUGCGGGUCACCUGGGUGGGCGUCGCUGGAGCCACAAACUACAGACUGUCCUGGGGCAGGAGUGAAGGUGGCCCCACGAGAGACCAGAUACUCCCAGGAAACACGGACUCCGCAGAGAUCCGCGGCCUCGAAGGAGGAGUCAGCUACUCGGUGCGAGUGACUGCACUCGUCGGGGAUCGCGAGGGCGCGCCAGUCUCCAUUGUCGUCACCACACCACCGGAGCCUCCCCCAUCCCUGAGGACACUUCGCGUAGUGCAACGAGGGGAGCAUUCGCUGAGGCUGCGCUGGGAGCCGGUGCCCGGAGCACACGGCUUCCGUCUGCACUGGCGACCAGAGGGUGGCCAGGAGCAGUUCCAGGAACUGGGCCCUGAUGUCAACAGCUACCACCUGGAUGGACUGGAACCAGGGACUCUGUACCAUGUGUGGCUGAGAGUCUUGGGGCCAGCUGGAGAAGGGCCCCCCACAGAGGUGACGGCACAAACUGAGUCACCUCGCAUCCCGAGCACUGACCUGCGUGUGGUAGACACUUCAAUAGACUCAGUGACUCUGGCCUGGACCCCAGUGUCCGGGGCAUCCAACUACAUUUUGUCUUGGAGGCCACUCAGAGGCCCUGGUCAGGAGGUGCCUGGGACCCCACAGACACUGCCGGGGAUCUCAAACUCCCAGCGGGUGACAGGGCUAGAGCCUGGCGUCUCUUAUAUCUUUUCCCUGACACCUGUCCGAGGGGGUGUGCGGGGCCCUGAGGCCUCUGUCACACACAACCCAGAGUGCCCCCAUGGCUUGAUAGAUGUGGUGUUCCUGCUGCACGCCACUCGGGACAAUGCUCACCGUUCAGAAGCUGUGAAGAGGGCCCUAGAGCGCCUGCUGUCUGCACUUGGACCCCUUGGGCCACAGGCGGUCCAGGUUGGCCUCUUGUCCUAUAGUCACCGGCCCUCCCCACUGUUCCCACUGAACAGCUCCCAUGACCUUGGCAUCAUCAUGCAGAAGAUUCGUGACAUCCCCUACAUGGACCCAAGUGGGAACAACCUGGGCAUAGCCGUGGUCACAGCUCACAGGCACCUGUUGGCGCCAGAUGCUCCUGGGCGCCGCCGGCAUGCCCCAGGGGUGAUGGUUCUGUUAGUGGAUGAGCCUUUGAGAAGUGACAUCUUUGGCCCCAUCCGUGAGGCCCAAGCUUCUGGGCUGAACAUGAUGAUAUUGGGCCUGGCGGGAGCUGAUCCAGAGCAACUGCGUCGCUUGGUGCCAGGCAUGGACCCUGUCCAGACUUUCUUUGCUGUGGAUGAUGGUCCAAGCCUGGACCGGGCAGUCAGUGGUUUGGCAACUGCCUUGUGUCAGGCAGCUUCAGGCACCCAGCCACAGCCAGGGCCUUGCACGAUUCAUUGUCCAAAGGGCCAGAAGGGAGAACCUGGAGAGACGGGCCUGACAGGACAAGCUGGGGCCCCUGGACCCCCUGGCCUUCCGGGCAGGACUGGUGCUCCAGGUCCCCAAGGCCCUCCUGGAAGCACCAUUGCGAAAGGCGAGAGGGGCUUCCCUGGAGCAGAUGGGCCUCCAGGCAGCCCUGGCCGCCCUGGGACUCCUGGAAACCCUGGCCCAAAGGGCUCCCCAGGGUGGCCUGGCUCUCGUGGGGAAACGGGAGAGCGAGGGCCUCGAGGCCCAAAAGGGGAGCCGGGGGAGCCUGGACAAGUUAUUGGAGGCGAGGGCCGAGGGCUUCCUGGACAGAAAGGAGAUCCUGGACCUUCGGGCCCCUCUGGACCUCGUGGCCCAAUGGGGGACCCAGGACCCCGUGGUCCCCCAGGGCUUCCUGGGAUGUCCUUGAAGGGUGACAAAGGCGAUCGUGGGGAACGGGGGCCCCCUGGACCAGGUCAUGGUGGUGCUGCUGCAGGGGAGCCAGGGCUGCCGGGCCUUCCUGGAAGCCCUGGACCUCAAGGCCCAGCUGGCCCCUCUGGAGAGAAAGGAGAGAAGGGUGAUUGUGAAGAUGGAAGCCCAGGCCUCCCAGGACAACCUGGGACCCCAGGUCAGCGGGGCCAACGGGGACCUCCUGGAGAUGUUGGCCCCAAAGGUGACCGAGGGCUGACAGGGAACACGGGUGAGCCUGGAGAAAAGGGUGAACGUGGACCCCCUGGCCCAGUGGGACCCCAGGGGCUGCCAGGAGUUGCAGGGCGUCCUGGACUCGAGGGUCCUGAGGGGCCACCAGGACCCACUGGCCGUCGAGGAGAUAAGGGAGAGCCUGGUCCCCCUGGGGACCCUGCAGUGGUGGGACCUCCUGGUGCUGGAGCCAAAGGAGAGAAGGGAGAAGUGGGGCCCCCUGGACCUAAAGGAGCUGCUGGAGUCAAAGGGGAACGGGGACCACCUGGGUUGGUACUUCCUGGAGACCCUGGCCCAAAGGGAGAUCCUGGAGACAGGGGUCCCAUCGGCCUCACUGGGCGAGCAGGACCCUCUGGUGACUCGGGGCCUCCUGGAGAGAAAGGAGACCCAGGGCGGCCUGGACCCCCAGGACCUGUUGGCCCCCGAGGACGAGAUGGUGAAGUUGGAGAGAAAGGUGAAGAGGGCCCCCCGGGUGACCCAGGUUUGCCUGGAAAAUCUGGAGAGCGUGGCCUUCGGGGCAUACCUGGAGCUCGGGGGCCUGCAGGGGAGAAGGGAGACCAGGGAGAUCCUGGAGAGGAUGGACGAAAUGGCAGCCCUGGACCCUCUGGACCCAAGGGUGACCGUGGGGAACCAGGUCCUCCAGGAGCCCCUGGACGGCUGGUGGACCCAGGGCUUGGAGCUGGAGAGAAGGGAGAGCCUGGGGACCGUGGACAGGAGGGUCCUCGAGGACCCAAGGGUGAACCUGGCCCCCCUGGAGCCCCUGGGGAGAGGGGUACCAACGGGCUUCGGGGACUCCCAGGCCCACAAGGGGACCCAGGAGUCCGAGGCCCAGCAGGAGAAAAGGGGGACCGAGGCCCUCCUGGGCUGGAUGGCCGGAAUGGACUGGAUGGUAAACCAGGAGCUUCUGGUCCCCCUGGGCUACAUGGCACUACGGGCAAAGCUGGAGACCCAGGGAGAGACGGGCUUCCAGGCCUUCGAGGAGAACAGGGUCCCCCAGGGCCCCCAGGACCUCCUGGAGCACUGGGAAAGCCAGGCGAGGAUGGCAAACCUGGCCUGAAUGGGAAAAACGGAGAAGCUGGAGAGCCUGGAGAAGAUGGGAGGAAGGGAGAAAAGGGAGAUUCAGGUUUUCCUGGGAGAGACGGUCGUGAUGGCCCCAAGGGUGAGCGUGGUACUACUGGGAGCCCUGGAGUCCAGGGCCCCCCAGGCCUACCGGGGCAGGUUGGCCCCCCUGGCCAGGGUUUUCCUGGUAUCCCAGGAAACACAGGCCCCAAGGGUGACCGUGGGGAGACUGGCUCCAAAGGGGAACAGGGCCUCCCUGGGGAGCGUGGACUGAGAGGAGAACCUGGGAGCAUGGCAAAUGUGGAACGGUCGCUGGAUGCUGUUGGCAUCAAGGUGUCUGCUCUGCGGGAGAUUGUGGAGACCUGGGAUGAGAGCUCUGGCAGCUUCCUACCAGUGCCUGAACGGCAUCGCGGCCCCAAGGGAGAGCCAGGAGAGCGGGGACUUGUGGGCAAGGAGGGCCCCAUUGGCUUUCCUGGAGAACGUGGGCUGAAGGGAGAUCGUGGAGACCCUGGUUCUCCAGGGCCACCGGGCCUGGCCCUUGGGGAGAGGGGUCCCCCUGGGCUUCCUGGUCUUGCCGGAGAGCCUGGAAAGCCUGGUAUUCCUGGACUUCCAGGUCGAGCUGGGAGUAUAGGGGAAGCAGGAAGGCCAGGAGAGAGGGGAGAACGUGGAGAGAAAGGAGAGCGUGGAGAACAGGGCAGAGAUGGCACUCCAGGCCUUCCUGGCCCCCCUGGUCCCCCUGGCCCUAAGGUGGCUGUGGAUGAGCCAGGUCCUGGACUCUCUGGAAAACAAGGACCCCCUGGACUCAAGGGUGCUAAGGGGGAGCCAGGCAAUGAUGGUGACCGAGGCCCCAAAGGAGACAGGGGUAUGCCAGGCAUCAAGGGAGACCGAGGAGAGCUUGGAGAGAGGGGUCAUGUUGGCAGUCCGGGUCUACCAGGAGAGCGGGGCAUUGCUGGGCCUGAAGGGAAGCCGGGCCUGCAGGGUGAGAGGGGAGCCCCAGGUCCCACGGGUGGCCAUGGAGACCCUGGACCACCCGGUGCCCCUGGUCUCGCUGGUCCUGCUGGACCCCAGGGACCAUCUGGCCUGAAGGGGGAGCCUGGAGAGACAGGACCACCAGGACGGGGCCUGCCUGGACCUACUGGGGCUGUGGGACUGCCCGGUCCCCCUGGCCCUUCAGGCCUUGUGGGUCCACAGGGGGCACCAGGUUUGCCUGGACAAGUGGGGGAGACGGGGAAGCCAGGAGCCCCAGGUCGUGAUGGUGCCAAUGGAAAAGAUGGAGACAGAGGAGCCCCUGGUGUGCUGGGGCCACCAGGCCUGCCCGGCCCUCUUGGACCCAAAGGAGAGCCUGGACCCAUGGGGGCCCCUGGACAGGUGGUGGUCGGACCCCCAGGAACAAAGGGAGAGAAGGGAGCCCCUGGAAGCCUUGCUGGAGACUUGGUGGGGGAGCCAGGAGCCAAAGGUGACCGAGGACUGCCAGGGCCACGCGGGGAGAAGGGAGACGCUGGCCGUGCGGGGGAACCUGGAGACCCUGGGGAAGAUGGUCAGAAAGGGGCUCCAGGACUGAAAGGUCAAAAGGGUGACCCAGGAGUUGGGAUCCAGGGCCCCCCUGGGCCAACUGGUCCUCCGGGUAUGAAGGGAGACUUGGGCCUCCCUGGGCCCCCUGGCACUCCUGGUGUUGUCGGAUUCCCUGGUCAGACAGGCCUUCGAGGAGAGAUGGGUCCGCCAGGCCCCAGCGGAGAGCGGGGUCUGACAGGUACCCCAGGGAGAGAAGGUGCUCCAGGCCCUUUGGGGCCACCUGGACCACCGGGGUCAGCGGGAGUGCCUGGGCCCUCUGGACUCAAAGGAGACAAGGGAGAUCCUGGAGUAGGGCUACCGGGAGCCCGAGGCGAGCGUGGGGAGCCAGGUGUCCGGGGUGAAGAUGGCCGGCCUGGUCAGGAAGGACCCCGAGGACUCAUGGGGCCAUCAGGCAGCCGUGGGGAGCGUGGGGAGAAGGGUGGCGCUGGAACCACAGGGCCAAAGGGUGACAAGGGUGACUCAGCCUUGAUUGUGGGGCCUCCAGGGCCACAGGGUGCAAAGGGGAAUACGGGUGAACGAGGGCCUCGGGGCAUAGAUGGUGACAAAGGACCUCGGGGAGACAGUGGAAUCCCUGGAGAGAAGGGCAUCAAAGGGGAGCCUGGUGAUAAGGGCUUGGCGGGGCCACUGGGAGCACGUGGAUUCACAGGACCCAAGGGCGAGUCUGGUGCUGCAGGGAUUCCUGGUGACCCGGGACCCCCAGGGAAGGAUGGGGCCCCUGGUGUCCGAGGAGAAAAAGGAGAUGUCGGCUUCAUGGGUCCCCGGGGCUUCAAGGGUGAACGGGGAGUGAAGGGUGCCUGUGGCCUUGAUGGAGAGAAGGGAGACAAGGGAGAAUCUGGUUCCCCAGGCCGCCCUGGGCUAGCAGGACGCAAAGGAGAGAUGGGGGAGCCAGGUAUGCCCGGCCAGUUGGGGGUCCCCGGAAAGGAGGGCCUGAUUGGUCCCAAGGGUGACCGAGGCUUUGAUGGGCAGCCAGGACCCAAGGGUGACCAGGGCGAGAAAGGAGAACGGGGGCCCCCAGGAAUUGGGGGUUUCCCAGGACCCAAGGGCAGUGAUGGCUCUAGUGGUCCACCUGGGCCACCUGGCAGUGUUGGUCCCAAAGGUCCUGAAGGACUUCAGGGCCAGAAGGGUGAGCGGGGACCUCCUGGACCAAGUAUGGUGGGGGCCCCUGGGGCCCCUGGAACCCCUGGUGAGAGAGGAGAGCAGGGGCGGCCAGGGCCUGCCGGUCCCCGUGGUGAGAAGGGAGAAGCUGCACUGACCGAGGAUGACGUUCGAGGCUUUGUGCGUCAGGAGAUGAGUCAGCACUGUGCUUGCCAGGGCCAGUUCAUUGCAUCUGGAUCACGGCCCCUCCCUAGUUAUGCUUCAGACACUGCCGGGCCCCAGCUCCACCGUGUGCCUGUGCUCCGGCUCUCUCAUGCAGAGGAGGAAGACCAGCUGCCCCCUGAGGAUGAUGAAUUCUCAGAAUACUCUGAGUAUUCUGUGGAGGGCUACGAGGACCUUGAGGCUCCCUGGGAAGGUGAUGAUCCCUGUUCGCUGCCAUUGGAUGAAGGCUCCUGUACUGCCUACACCCUACGCUGGUAUCACCGGGCUGUGGCAGGUGGCAUAGGAUCCUGUCACCCGUUUGUUUACGGUGGCUGUGGAGGCAAUGCCAAUCGUUUUGGGACCCGUGAAGCUUGUGAGCACCGCUGCCCACCCCAGGUGGUCCAGAGCCAGGCAAUAGGUAUGGACCCAUCCCCCAACCCCACUUGGGAACUGGGCACUGAGCCUGCCCAGAUCAGCUCCUGGGUGAGGAGCUCCCAGAUCAGGGUCCUGGGUAAGACCCUGGACCCCCUCUGA